AUGCCGGAGCUGGCAGAGCUGAGCAGCCCCCGCACCCCUGCCGAUGCAGACCACAUCCAGAGGAAUAUCUUGGAGGAGCAUGUGGAACUCUGGUGGUUUCAGGACCCCAAGAAGUCCAUCCUGUGCUACGGGAUGGCUGUGGUGCUGAUCCUGGCCUGCGGGAUCGGGGGCAUCAUCCUGCUGUACAGCACGAGCAGCAGGUCUGGGGAGUGGCGGCUGGCUGUGGGCACCACGCUCUGCCUCCUGGCCCUGCUCGUGCUGCUGAAGCAGCUGCUGAGCUCUGCAAUCCAGGACAUGAACUGCAUCCGCAGCCGGGACCAGAUUGAGCUCCUGAAGAGUGGGGGCUUCUCAGACUGCCUGGUGCUGCUGCUCAGUGCCCUGGUGCUGCUGGUCUGUGGGGUCGUGCUCACCGUCCUCUCCAGCACGACCAUGCAGCUCAGCUCUGCACGGCCACUGGCCAGCAUGUUCACCAGUGGGAUUGUCCUCCUGAGUGCUGGCAGCGCCCUCCUCCUCUGCCUGCUGCUCUACCUGCUCUGCACCUCCUGCCACCAGGCUGCUCCUCGAAGUCUGGAGACCGGCGAGAUCCGUGUCUUCACCAUCUCUGGCCGCCUCACUGCAAACAGGCGCCUUCCUCCCACCUCCAGCAUGGCCAACCUCAUCUGA